UCGUUUGUGGCUGUUGCACGAGGAGAAAUUCGAGAACAUUGUACUCCUCGCUACAUGUGUUGUACUUCUUGCGUGCUUUGAUUGGGAGGAGAAUGGCGACGAGAACAAUAUAUAUUCUUUUCUAAUCUCCAAUUCGUACUCUCCGCUAGUUUCAUUUCGUGAUCAAAAUGCUGGAAGCUGCUCCACUGCUGUUCACGCCAAAAUGCCACCCCACCGCUUCUCUCCACCCUUCCACCAUUUUAUUGAACAGAACCAAGAGCCCAUUUCGCCCUUCUUUUUCUUGCUCACCUCCCAGCAAGAAGUUCAAAAUCCAUGCUGCAAAACAGCAACAAGCUGAUGAAUUGGAGCCUCAGAACGAUAACAAGCCAGAUGAUAGAAAUGAGUUGUUAACUGAAAAGGCUGGUCGUGAAGAGGUUGAUUUUGGGUGGUUAUCUGCAUUUCCCCAUGUCUUGACUGCUUCCAUGUCCAAUUUUCUCUUUGGUUAUCAUAUUGGUGUGAUGAAUGGUCCUAUUGUUUCUAUUGCCAAGGAGCUUGGUUUUGAAGGAAAUUCCUUUCUUGAGGGACUUGUGGUUAGUAUAUUCAUAGGUGGUGCAUUUAUUGGAAGCAUAAGCUGUGGAUCUCUUGUUGAUAAACUUGGUUGUCGCCGCACAUUUCAGCUUGACACUGUACCUCUCAUACUCGGUGCAAUCAUAAGUGCUCAAGCACACUCCUUGGACGAAAUACUAUUGGGGAGAUUUCUAGUUGGCAUUGGUAUUGGAGUGAACACAGUUCUUGUUCCUAUUUAUAUUUCAGAGGUUGCCCCAACAAAAUAUAGGGGUUCACUGGGGACGUUUUCUCAGAUUGGGACAUGCCUCGGAAUUAUAGCGUCAUUGUGUUUAGCGAUUCCUUCAGAAAAUGAUCCUCACUGGUGGAGGAUAAUGCUGUACAUAGCUAGUAUACCGGGAUUUCUUCUUGCCCUGGGAAUGCAGUUUGCGGUUGACAGCCCUCGCUGGCUAUGUAAAGCAGGUAGAAUUGAUGAUGCUAAAGAAGUAAUAAGUAACAUUUGGGGUCCAUCACAAGUUGAUAAAGCUAUUGAAGAAUUCCAGUCUGUCAUUAGAAAUGAUGGCGCUGAUUUAGAUAGCAGUUGGCUGGAACUCUUGCAGGAGCCUCACUCUAGAGUUGCAUUAAUUGGAGGUGCCCUUUUUAUUCUACAGCAAUUUGCCGGUAUAAAUGGAGUUCUCUAUUUUUCUUCCUUAACCUUUCGAGAUGUUGGAAUCACAAGUAGUGCUAUAGCAAGCUUAUAUGUUGGGCUUACCAACUUUGCAGGUGCACUUUGUGCCUCAUACUUGAUGGACAAGCAAGGGAGGCAAGUGCUUCUGAUUGCUAGUUACCUGGGAAUGGCUGUAUCUAUGUUUGUCAUAACUGGUGCAAUCAGCUUUCCUAUCGAUGCAGAGAUCAGCUCCAACUUAUCAAUAUUGGGCACUAUCAUGUACAUAUUUACUUUUGCUAUAGGAGCUGGGCCAGUUACCGGGCUUAUAAUACCAGAGCUUAGCAGCAGCAGGACACGAGGGAAAAUCUUGGGCUUCAGUUUCUCUGUUCACUGGGUGUUUAACUUCUUGGUCGGUCUCUUCUUCCUUGAAAUGGUGGAGAAAUUCGGUGUCGCUCCAGUUUAUGCGGGCUUUGGUGGCAUUUCCUUGUUAGCAGCUGCUUUUGCUUACUACUUUAUAGUCGAAACUAAAGGGAGAUCUCUUGAAGAAAUUGAGAUGUCGCUGAAUUCCAACUAUCAAGGCAGGAAUAAGUAACACAGUGAUCUUUGAUCAUGAAAUCAUCCCAACCUGGCUUGCACUGUUGCCGUUUUGAAACGUAAGUUUCUCUACCACUCCGCCUCAUGCACUCUAGUUCUGUGUCUU